UGGGCCACGAGCAGUACUCGCCAAGUUUGCUGUGAGAAGUGAUCAAAGGUAGUGGACACCUGCGUAUCGCACCGUGUAGAUGUAGGUGAAGACAAGUUUGACAGACCAGCUGGAGAUAAUGUGUGUGGUCCCAGCAGAGUUUGUUGUUCUUGUUUGACAAGGGAGGACCUGUGAGCCAACCUGUCCCAGAACCUUGUAACAAAAACACAGCUACAGUAUGUCGAAGUGGCUGAAUGAUGGGGAAGUGCUGGAAGGUGAGGGCAGCGGCGAGGCUCUACCGGUAAGCCCGCAACCUCAGAGACUAUCAGCUGGGAGCCCCCGACUGAGCAGGGGCCGCAGCCCACUAGGUUCACCCAUGCCUAGAAAUGCGGCAGCAGCAAGCCUGCAGGCAGAGACCAUGGGGAAGGCCAAGCAGCUGUUUGUGUUAUGCGACAAAGAGGGCAAAGGCUUCAUCACAAAGCGAGACAUGCAGAGGCUACAGAUGGAGUUGCCUCUGUCACCGGAACAACUGGAGACCGUGUUUGAGAGUCUGGACCGUGAGCGCAAUGGCUUCCUUACACCACUCGAGUUCAGCACAGGACUUGGUGAGCUGAUGGGGCAGAAAGACACACCUGAGCAGAGCCAAGAGCUUGCAGACAAAGGCACAGACCAGGUAGACUGGUCGGAGGAUACAGCUACAAUAAGACUUACCGACAUACUGAAUCAGCUCGGUGCUGACAAAAUGUCCGACAGUAAGCAGGAAUUGUGUUCUCUGUGGUGUGAGCUUCAGAGAGACCGACCAGAGCUGCUCAGGCUCCUGGAAGGCAUCCUGCUACACGCCGUCACACAUUUGCAGGAUUCCAUCAGAGAGAGAGACAGCCUUGAACAAGCUUUGCGCAGACGGGAGAGUGAACAUGAUCAGAUUGUUCGGUCUAUAUAUGAGGAAAUGGAAACCCAAAUCCGAGAGGAACGAGAGAAACGCCUGGCUCAGGAGAGCAUCAGACAGAAGCAGCGAGGGAUACAGGUUGAGGAGGAGUUGAAGAUGCGUGACCAAGAGUUGGAGAUAACCUUGAUCAGACAGAAAGAGCUGGAGAGCAGAAUGCAGCAGCUGAUCUGCGAGCAGGCAACCAUCAGGGAACAGAACCAAGAGCUGCACACCCUCAACGUUCAGCUGCAAGAGCAAGCGGAGAGUAGCCGGGAGCAGCUGCAGGCUGCUAUGGUUCAGCUGGCCCAGCUACAGCUAAGCGCUGCCCAGGAGCAAGUGGCCAGACAGCAAAAUGUUCUCAAAGUGUCAAGAAACCUGCAGAAAGAGAAGGAUAGUCUCCUGAGACAACUUGGCUUGUUGAGGGAUAUGAAUAAAAGACUGCAAGAUGAGAAAGAUGCCCAGCUGACCAAGAAGAGGAGGCCAAAUAUGGAAGAAAAUUUGGGGAAGAGAGGGUCAGUCCUAGGGCACUACUUGCUCCGAGACACUGUAGUGAAAAGCUCGCGUGACGAGCAGGAACGGGCCACAGAGAAAAAAGUGAUCAAUUCAAAGGCAUCAGAUAGAGUCAGUUGUGAGAGAGUUGGCCAGAGCAGACUUGUGAGUCCUCAGCAUGUGUUCAAAGUGGUCUUCCUGGGUAAUUCGGGGGUGGGUAAGAGCUCCCUCAUCCAGCACUACUGCACAGGACAUUUCUGCAGCCCCAUGAGCGCUACUGCCGGCGUCGAUUUCCAGAUGAGGACCAUUACCCUGGGCUCCACCUCCAUCACCCUGCAGCUGUGGGACACUGCCGGUCAGGAGAGGUUUCGAUGCAUCACUGAGCAGUACUACCGCAAGGCUGACGCCAUCCUGGUGGUGUAUGACAUCACCUGCUCGGCCUCCUUCACCGCUGUGAGAGAGUGGAUGGACGUUGUGGAGGAGAAGAUGUGCGACGGCGCAACGCUGAUGCUGCUCGGAAACAAGCUGGACCUGGCCGAUAGUCACCACAGAAAAGUGGAAAGGAGAGAUGGACACAAGUUGGCAGAGCAGCACCAGGCCUCAUUUUACGAGUGCAGUGCCAAAACUGGAGCAAACAUGGAGGAGCUGAUGACUCAUAUGGCUGAGAAGUUAGUUGCCCAGCUCGAUCGACAAUGUGAAGACACACUUUCCCUCACAGAGUGUGCCGCACGAAGAAGUUGCUGUGCGUAAUUGGAAAAAACGCGAAUGUUUGAAAAGGAUUAGAGCUGCCAGGUUCGGCGUCUACCAUUUGUUCAGUUUUCAGAGGUCAAUCUUCUUGCAGUACAGACACAGUGUGUCGUCUUCCGUUUACUGAAAGUCAUGUUUACUGUCAAGUUUGUAUGCUUUUACAAUGCUUUGAUUCUGUUAAAUAUAGUUGUGUUGACCCCA